AUGUUAGUGGAUACAAUGGUGGGUCAAGAUCCGGGCACCAGCCCCAAAAUGGAGGACCUCACCAGUAUCUCAGAGGUCCCCGGGGAUAUGACAGCAGCAUCGGUCAAGGACGACUCUUCGAAAAAAGAUCCCAAUCCGAAUACCAUCCCGCCCCCGAAGACAGACAAGCCACGGCCACACGGGUGUACCACUUGCGGUCGCUCCUUCGCCCGACUCGAGCAUCUCAAGCGGCACGAGCGCUCCCACACAAAAGAGAAGCCCUUCGAGUGUCCAGACUGCGCGCGCUGUUUCGCUCGACGAGACCUGCUUCUCAGGCACCAACAAAAACUGCACAUGACAACUACCCCGUCAUCCCGCCCAAGAAAUGCCAGGAGAGAGAGCACGGGCGCCGCGGGAGCCACAACAAAUCGUGUGCGCAAGAAUUCGAUAGUCAGCAACUCCAGUACCAUGCGCCCCCGCGCGAAUACCAUCAGUCACAUCGACGCCGCCUCGCUGGGCCUGGUCAAUACCACCCCCCCAGCCGCCGCGGGUCCACCAGGUCACUCGGGCCAUGCUUACCACCCCAGUCUUGGCUCUGCGUCGGUGGGUUCGAAUCUGGAUUAUCGAGGCUUCCCCCUAACUCAUCCAACUCCCGUCAACGGACUGACCAAAUUGGAAACGGCUGGCUUACCCAUGGACCUCACGGGCAGCCUUCGGACUGCUCCGGUAUAUAGCAGCUUCGAUCUCAACAUCCCCGAAAUGUUCAUGGGCCAUGGCAGUACCAUUAAUCCAGCUCAGCUUCACUUUGGCGGCUCCCCGCAAGGCUACGGGAACGACUCACCCUCGUCCCCAUACACCCACGGUGGUGCUCACCACAUGCCGCCGACUACGGAUGCAAUGAUGGAAGACGAUUUCAGCUUCGACUGGAUGCAUCGGUUCGACCCAUCCAUGCCAAUGGGUAAGAACAAUGAAUCGGCAAUUGAUGAGUCCUCCCCCUCCGCCAUGAGUACCGGCAGCCAGAGUGGAAUCAGCGAGGCUAUGAUGGACGGGUCGAACCAUUACUCCACGCCCGCGGCCGGUUGGCGGAACCCGUUCCCACCCCAUACCACGGCGCCGCCAACCCAGUUCUCGGAUUAUACCACUCCGUCUUUUAACGAUCUAGGCAUUCCGCCCGAGACCGUCUCGCCCAGGUCUUUAAUGGCUCAGAAUCCGUUUGCUGAAACCUAUGCUACUCCGCCGUCCAUGACUUCAGUGGGCCAGCCCAUGUUGGCGGGACACUCGCAGAGUAUGUUUCCAUCCUCUAUGGCAGCAAGCGGAGAAUCUCCUAAUCCUCUCAACCUGCAUUUCGCGAAUAGUGCCCUACGAACUCACCCUGCCCCAGCCUCCACGGAUACCUUUACGGACUCCACACGACGGGCUUUACUAGCCAGUAUGGCCCAACCGACCGGCUGCUUCAAUCACCGUAAAUACUCGCAGCCCGCCACCGGCAUGAUUCACUAUCGCGAUCUCUACUCCCGUUCCUCCACGUUAUCCCCGAACAGCCAACUCCCGAGCACCGCAGACAUGCAGCGUUAUAUUGCCGCCUACAUCACCUAUUUUCACCCCCAUUUCCCGUUCCUGCACAUUCCGACCCUCAAUUUUCAAGCACCCGAAUACACCAGCAACCUACGCACCCCCAGUGGCCAUCUUAAUCUGAGCUCCACAGGCGUGUCCGGCGGUGGCGGCUGCUUAAUCCUCUCCAUGGCGGCUAUUGGGGCAUUGUACGAAUUUGACACCGCAGCUUCCAAGGAGCUCUUCGACGCGGCCAAGAAGAUGAUCCAACUUUACCUCGAAGAGCGCCGAAAAGCAGAUUUAUCAACCGUUGUCGGUCGAGCCAACAGCAUGCGCGACAAUUCAGUCCAUAACACUCCUCUUUGGCUCGUCCAAGCUAUGCUUCUCAAUGUGAUCUAUGGCCAUACGUGCGGCGAUAAGACUUCCGCUGAUAUCGCAAGCACUCACUGUGCAGCUCUCGUCAGUCUGGCCCGUGCAGCAGAGCUGACCCGCCAUAUAGACGCCCAACAUCUUCCGCAAGACUACCUAACCGUUAGCCUAGCCAGUGGAUCGGAUGCUCCAGGCAUAGGCCCUGACUCUGGUGAGUGGAGCCAAGCAGCCUUGGGUUCAAAGGAGCGCAAAGACUGGUUGGACUGGAAGGUGGUCGAGGAGCGGAAACGAACCCUCUACGCCAUUUUUGCCGUGUCCUGCUUCUUAGUCUCUGCCUACAAUCACGCCCCUGCUCUAACAAACUCGGAGAUUCGCCUUGAUCUACCCUGUGAAGAGGAUCUUUGGGCCACCGAAUCGCCUCAAUCUUGGAAGAAAUUCGGGGGCCUUGUGGCCGCCAAGAACUCGGUCUCGUUUUCAUCUGCAUUGACCGUGCUUCUAACGGCGGGUCGACGAGAGCAGCAGCAGCAGCAGCAGCAGCAGCAGCAGGCCUCGGCACCCGGCAGCAAUAUUCCCUCCGAUGACCCCAAGAGCAGCGACCUCAAACCAAGCACGUUUGGCUGUCUGGUCCUGAUCUACGCUCUACAUAAUUAUAUUUGGGAAACUAGACAACGCCACAUGGGUCGACAAUGGACAUGGAAAGAGACCGAUGCCAUGCAAGCUCAUAUUGAACCCGCUCUACGAGCGUGGCAGACUGCGUGGGCCAGGAAUCCAAUUCACAGCCUGGAGCGACCUAAUCCCUACGGAGCAGGUCCUCUUUCCGCAGACAGUAUCCCUCUGCUCGAUCUUGCUUAUGUUCGCUUGUUCGUGAAUCUGGGACGGUGCAAGGAGGCCUUUUGGCAACGCGAUUGGAAUGCCAUGGCCGAUCAGUUGGCACGUGGAACCGACAUGGAUAACCAUGUUGACAACAUUCCAUCUGACGUUCUAGACCCUUCCAUCACAAAAGACCUCACUCAAAGAGAUCUUCGACGCGAUUCGGUGAUGGACCUUGGGGUCGGUGAUCUUGCGAUAUCAAAGACACCUACUACCCAGGAACAGCCAAUGCAAAGUCUUUUGGGUGUGUAUCGACCAGGCCAGUCCAAACGCGAAAAGUUACUGCGAAAGGCCGCAUUUUACGCUGCAGAUUCAAUUUCCAUGUCUGACCGUCUAGGAAACACUUUCGCCGAAUUUACCUGUCGUGAGCUACCGAUCCAGAGUGCAAUGUGUGCGUUUGAUUGUGCCCAGGUCCUUGCAGAGUGGGCUACCGCGAUUCAGGAAAGGGUUGGACCGUACUUGGGUAUCCUUGGUCGAGACGAAAUUAAUUUUGUCCAAGCAGUUGAUCUCAUGCUGCUCGAGGACGAAGAUUGCAAGCUGUUGGGAAAGAUCAGAGAGAUUCUUGCCAGCAUAGAACAAAAAGUACAAAAGGAUAGCCAGAGCGGUGUAACCGUGGCUUCUGUGGGUGUUUUACGGCGGCUUCCCAGUACAGUGGACGGAGGUUAUGGAGCCAAGAUUCUCCUUGCCACAGCCAGUCUCCUUGACAGGGCUGCUGUGUGGCCAGUAAUGAAGCUUAUGGCUCGAUCCCUAGAGUCUCAGGCUAUGAGGUUGAAAGAGCGUGCGGAAAAUUCAACAUUGGGCCAAGUUAAUGCAUGA